AUGGAUGAUGAAGCUGCAGCAAUUGUGAUUGAUAAUGGCUCUAGUACAUGCAAAGUCGGUUUUGCUGGUGAUGAUGCACCAAGAGCUGUUUUUCCAACUAUUGUGGGUCGUCCACAUCAUCAAGGUGUUAAUGUUAGUAUGGACGAAAAAGAUUCAUAUGUAGGCGAUGAAGCUAAAUCAAAACGUCGUACCCUUACCCUUAAAUAUCCUAUCGAACAUGGUGUUGUAACCAGCUGGGAUGAUAUGGAAGAAAUUUGGCGUCAUACUUUUGAUAAUGAACUUUUUGUUGCUCCAGAAGAACGCCCUGUGCUAUUAACUGAAACGCCCCUCAAUCCUAAAUCAAAUCGUGAAAAAAUGACUCAAGUCAUAUUUGAAACUUUCAAUGUUCCAGCUUUCUAUGUUGCAAUUCAAGCUGUUCUUGCAUUGUAUGCUGGUGGUCGUACAACGGGUAUUGUGCUUGAUUCUGGUGAUAGUAUUACCCACGCUGUACCAAUUUACGAGUGUUAUGCUCUUCGCCAUGGAAUUAUUCGUCUUGAUUUUGCUGGUCAUGAUUUGACCAAUUAUCUUAUGACAAUUUUUACGGAACGUGGUUACUCUUUUUCCACCACCGCCGAACGUGAAUUUGUUAAUGAUAUCAAAGAAAAACUUUGUGAUGUUUCUUUGGACUUUGAACGUGAUAUGCUAGAUUCUGUUCCUUUAGAAAGGUCGUAUGAAUUGCCUGAUGGUCAAAUUAUUACUAUUGGUAAUGAAAGAUUCCGUACACCUGAAGCUCUUUUCCAACCAUCUUUAUUAGGUCAUUUAGCUACUGGUAUUCAUGAAACUAUACACGAUUCUAUAGCGAAAUGUGAUGUAGAUAUUCGUAAAAAUCUUUACGGCAACAUUAUUCUUGCUGGAGGCAGUACUAUGUAUUCCGGUAUUUCAGACAGAAUGCACAAAGAAAUCACAAAAAUAGCACCUCCCACUAUGAAAGUUAAGAUUUUUGCUCCACCAGAACGUAAAUAUUCUAUUUGGAUUGGUGGUUCUAUCUUAGCUUCGCUUUCUACUUUCGAUCAAAUGUGCAUCAGUAAAGAAGAAUAUGAUGAAUAUGGUCCUUCUAUUAUCCAUCAAGUCUACGGUGCCGAAUGGAAUUAUAUAUUCUCUGACGAUGUUGAAAAUUUUGAAGUUUCAGACUAUGUUCUUGGAAGCUUUAGAAAAAGGAAAUACCGUGGUCCAAUUCCAAAUAAUGGGACAACAUUCUAUUUCGAGGAG